AUGGCACUCACCAGCUCAGUGUGUCAACCUGCAGACACUGUGUGGGCGAUUCAGAGCGGACAGAACAUGGAGGCAGAGAUGAGCUGUGUUUGGGCUGAGCUGUCCGACUCUGAGAAAAAGCCCAAGCAUUACUGGUACCCCAGUAAUGCUUCCCGCGGAGCCAUUACCAGCAACCCCAGUGGCCUUAUGACCAGCCGACAGAUGCUGUGCCUGUCAGACGAGAGACUGGGCUCCUGUAAAGACGAGAUAAAGUCCUCCAGCAGGCCAGCCCCAAAGCCUAUGUCCCCAUCGGACUUUCUGGACAAGCUGAUGGGAAGAACCUCCGGCUAUGACGCUCGCAUCAGGCCCAACUUCAAAGGACCACCAGUAAAUGUCACCUGUAAUAUUUUCAUCAACAGCUUUGGAUCCAUUACAGAGACAACUAUGGAUUAUAGGCUUAACGUCUUUCUACGCCAGCAGUGGAACGACCCUCGAUUGGCCUAUAGUGAAUAUCCUGAUGCUUCUCUAGACCUGGACCCUUCUAUGCUGGACUCCAUAUGGAAACCUGACUUGUUCUUUGCUAAUGAAAAAGGUGCAAACUUCCAUGAAGUCACAACAGACAACAAGCUGCUGAGGAUCUUUCAGAAUGGGAAUGUGCUAUACAGUAUUAGGCUAACACUUAUCCUGUCUUGUCCCAUGGACUUGAAGAAUUUCCCAAUGGACAUUCAAACCUGUACCAUGCAGCUAGAAAGCUUUGGCUACACCAUGAAUGAUCUGAUCUUCGAGUGGCUUUCUGAUAGCCCUGUGCAGGUGGCGGAUGACUUGACUCUUCCACAAUUUUUACUAAAGGAGGAAAAAGAUCUUGGCUACUGCACUAAGCACUACAACACAGGUGAAUUCACCUGCAUUGAGGUGAAGUUUCACUUAGAGAGACAAAUGGGCUACUAUCUCAUUCAGAUGUACAUCCCCAGUCUGCUGAUUGUCAUCCUGUCUUGGGUGUCUUUCUGGAUCAACAUGGAUGCCGCCCCUGCUCGGGUAGGCUUGGGUAUCACCACUGUGCUCACCAUGACCACCCAGAGCUCCGGUUCGCGAGCUUCUCUACCCAAGGUGUCCUACGUGAAGGCCAUUGACAUCUGGAUGGCCGUUUGUCUGUUGUUUGUGUUUGCUGCAUUGCUGGAGUACGCAGCAGUCCCAUUGCUGGAGUACGCAGCAGACAACUUCGUGUCAAGGCAACACAAGGAGUUCAUCAGGCUGCGCAAGAAGCAGCGAAGGCAGAGAAUAGAGGAGGAUCUUGUUCGGGAGAGCCGUGGCUUUUACUUUCGUGGGUAUGGACUCGGCCAUUGCUUACAAGCAAAAGACGGGACAACUGUGGAGGGGUCCAACGUAUUCGCCCCACCACCCCCAGUGCAAGUGCUAUACGACGGAGAGGCCAUUCGGAAGCGUUUUGUGGACCGAGCCAAGCGAAUCGACACCAUAUCCAGAGCCGUGUUUCCUCUCAGCUUCCUCAUAUUCAACAUCUUCUACUGGAUCACCUACAAAGUGCUGCGGCACGAGGACAUCCACGCCAACCUGUAAUCGCUCCUUGUUACAACACUUGCUCAUCUUACUGCUUCUUUUCUUUUCUUAUAUCUCUUAAUUUGAACCAAAACCGCCUUUCAUACUCACACUAGAAGUGUAUUUCAAAGGCAUAUUCACCCCAGAAAUGCCGUCAGUGCUAAAACCAUGUGCUCAGGUGUGACUUCUGGAUUUCAAAAAGAUUUUAAAGUGCCCACUCAGAGCGAAGGGGUAGAGCUCGUAGAUGCAAAUGCUGCUGUUGGGGACCUGGCUCUCCUCUCUUUCACAUCUUCAUUCGAGUGGAUUGCACUAAUAGGCAGUGCUAUUGUCCUCACUUUGUAGGCUCCAUUUGAGUUAUUGGCUGAAAGAUUCUCGGUUGGAUAGAAAAUAUUGACUUGAAUUUUAGCACAAGGCGCAUCCUAGAACGAAUGUUUUUGAAAACCUCAAAACAAAUGUGUUUUUUACAUCCUAAAAUGCCAAACUAAUGGGCUGUGAAGGGGAGGAUUGGGAUUUAUUAUUCAUGGGAACAGUUACAG